ACCAGACGAUGCCAAAAAGUAGCUUUAGUACCGUGACAGCAACAACAACGAUCUGUUGUACGUCUUACGUGAGAUCAGUCGUAAAUUCACGGUAGUUGUUUCCAUUGUCAAAAAGAGAGUUUUGUUGCGUGUAUCACUGUCCACGCGCGUGGUCAACAGAGGAAGAAGAGACUUUUUUAUGCCUUCCACGCCGGGCAACACCACUUUAUCAUGAUUAAAUUAUUCUCGUUAAAACAGGCGAAAAAGGAUGGCGAGUCGCCGAAACCUGGCACCCAAAAAAAGGCAUCGGCAGCACAACUAAGAAUUACAAAAGAUAUAAACGAACUAAACUUGCCAAAAACAUGUGGAACGGAGUUUCCUGAUCCUGAUGAUCUUCUUAGUUUCAAACUAAUUAUUUGUCCAGAUGAGGGAUUUUAUAGGGGUGGUAGAUUUGUUUUUGGUUUUAAAGUUGGACCAAACUAUCCGCAUGAACCACCUAAAGUCAAAUGCGAGACACAAGUUUAUCAUCCGAAUAUUGACCUGGACGGUAAUGUGUGUUUGAAUAUCUUAAGAGAAGAUUGGAAACCAGUUCUCACUAUUAAUUCUAUCGUCUACGGACUACAAUAUCUCUUUUUGGAACCUAAUCCAGAAGAUCCAUUAAAUAAAGAUGCUGCUGAAGUUCUACAAAAUAAUAGGAGAGGGUUUGAGCAAAAUGUAGCAAAAGCAAUGAGAGGCGGAUAUAUCGGCUCAUUUUACUUUGAACGAUGUCUGAAGUGAAAUAGUGCUCGUUUCCCUCGAGGACACACUGAGGAAAGAGACCAAGAGUAAAAUUUCUCCUUGCUCUGAACGCGUUCCUCUCGUCCAUCACGUUCAUUUAUCGACGGACCUCUUUGCGUCUUCUUGAUCUCGAGUGCUUCACACCUUUGGUCACCAAACCAUAGGUAGAAAACAAAACAAAAAAAAAAAAUAAAGUAACGACAUUAAUGCGUCGUUCUCUCGGAGUUGUGGGAUACAUUUUCUUUUCUGUUCUCUUUUUAAAGCAGUAUUUUGCAGAGGAUCGAAGUUGUCUUUACGCUUGCAAGUUUCUUACUUGGUCGAUUCAAUGAUAAAUAGAAGUAGAAUUUAUCAAAUAGUGAUUGUUAAAACAAAAAUUAUUCUCAAGUAAUGAAUCUGUGAUUACAAAUAUUAUGACUUUGCUAGAAAUGUAUCUUUGGCCACAAUCACCCCGAUUUUUCUUGCGAUCAUCUAAGUUUAUUUGAAAUUUGAAUUCGACUGAAAUUGCGGUGUUUGUGCCAUCAGUAUCAACCAUUAUUAAGGAUUAUGUUAAAAAUUGUUACAACUCCUCUCGAGAAAUCACUAUUAGUCACGUUCGUAGCCAAUCUUUUUAACAAAAAAAUAUGUAUAUAGAUAUGUAAUACGUGUACAAGAUUUGCAAACGCAUAUGCAAUAGCGAUCGUCGCAACUCUUUUCACAAACGUGUCUCCGCUCUGAGAAUCACUUUUCGCAGGAUAUAAAUUAUUUUCCACGAGCGGAUAUAUCCUGCUACGCUCUUUAUCGGAAAACCACGUAAUUUAAUUUAUGUAUCGAUGGAAAGUGGAAUAUAAGGCUGUUAAGGAAAAA